UCGAAUAAUUAUAUUUUUAUAAAAAGAUGUUAUUGACGGAGCAAGAAAUUACUUAUCCUAUCACGAUCGUUCGUUUUUGAACUGUGUUUAAUGCUGAUAUCGACAGAUUGUUACAGCAAUCUUCAGGAUAUGAAAUGUCAACAGGACAGUAAUAAAACCCAGAUAUUUUACAAUAAGACCUGCAUGGCCAUCCACAGGGUCUGUUCCAGCUUUAGCUACAACGAUGGUAAUACUACUCACUGUUGGGGUGGCCCGAAUGGCGAGACCAAAUCAUUAGGUGAACUCUACGACCGAGUACUGUCGUCCGAGGAGUACUUCAGUGACUACGUUCUCGGUCUGCGCGGAGCUACAUGGGAGAACUUCGGCGGCAUACGGUGGGAACUGUUCGGGUGCCUCACGCUAGCCUGGAUAGUGUGCUUUUUAUGCCUGGUACGCGGUAUCCAGACCAUCGGCAAAGUCGUCUACUUCACCGCGCUCUUCCCUUACGUCAUUCUUACAAUUCUGCUAGUACGCG